GUCAAUUACUUUCGCCAUGUCUGCCUUCAUGUACACCCACCACCAGCAACAACAACACCACGCACACCACGGUGCUCACAUGCCCUCAAAUAACCACCACGGCCGGUCUCGUCGGGCUCCCAAGAUGGCCGCCCAGAAUGCCCAGCGUCAGUUCCGAGGUGUCAAGAGCAUGCGGGAGUUGGCCGAAGCUCCCGCCGUCACUGCCUUCCGGGCUCGUUUCGAGGCCGGUCGGUCUUUUGAUCUCGAUGAUGACUUGGAGUUCUGCCCCAACCUCCUGACUGAUGAAGAUCUGCACUCCAUCCACUCCGCUGGUUCCGACCGUUCUUCCCUGUCUAGUGGCUCUCCCGAUACUUCGCCACUGCAGCACCAGAUCCAGCCCGUGCAGCAGGUCACUCCCGCCAUCUCCCUCUCUCCGGCCUCCGCCAACUCCUAUGUUCACGGAGUCGCCAAUCCUAAUCACCUCAACUACCAACAGCAACCUGCCAGCCGGACUCGCAAGGUCAUUCCCAUCGUCAACCCCAACACGGGAAUGUCCUUGGCCAGCCCGCCAUCAUCCAUCUCCCCAGCGAUGAUGCAGGCUCAGCGUCGAUGGUGA